AUGGUCGUGGAAUUAUAUGCUCAAAAAUAUCGAGAAAUUUUGUUGAAAAAAAAGGAUCAUCGCAGAUUGUCACGGGACUCCAUUGUAGAGGAAGAUCGUCAAGAUCAUCACAGGACUCAAUCGCAGAAGAGGAUCAUCACAGAACUCAAUCGCAGAAGAGGAUCAUCACAGGAUUCCAUCGCAGAAGAGGAUCAUCACAGGACUCCAUCGCAGAAGAGGAUCAUCACAGGACUCCAUCGCAGAAGAGAAUCAUCACAGGACUCCAUCGCAGAAGAGGAUCAUCACAGGAUUCCAUCGCAGAAAAGGAUCAUCACAGGACUUCAUCGCAGAAGAGGAUCAUUACAGAAUUUCAUCGCAGAAGAGGAUUAUCGUGGAAGAGGAUCGCGUGUCUUGGGACUUGGUUGCAUAAGGAUUAUUAUGGGAUUUUAUUAUAGAAGAGGAUCACGGGGACUCAAGAGGAUUAUCGUAGAAGAGGAUCAUCGUAGAAUUUUGUUGCAAAAGAUCAUCACAGGAUUCCAUUGUAGAAGAGGAUCAUCAAGAUUAUCACGAGACUCAGUCGCAGAAGAGGAUUAUUACAGGACUCCAUUACAGAGGAGAAUCAUCAAGGGGACUCCAUCCCAGAAGAUCAUCGUGGAAAAGGAUCAUGUGUCGUGGGACUUUGAUGCAGAGGAUCAUCACAGGAUUCCAUUGCAGAAGAUCAUCACAGGACUCCAUCGCAGAAGAGGAUCAUCAAGAAAGAAUUUUGUCGCAGAAAAGGAUCAUCAGGAUUUCGUCGCAGAAGAGGAUCAUCAUCAGGAUUUCGUCGCAGAAGAGGAUCAUCAUCAGGAUUUCGUUGCAGAAGAGGAUCAUCAGAAGGAUUUCGUCGCAGAAGAGGAUCAUCAGAAGGAUUUCGUCGCAGAAGAGGAUCAUCAGAAGUAUUUCGUCGCAGAAGAGGAUCAUCAGAAGGAUUUCGUCGCAGAAGAGGAUCAUCAGAAGGAUUUCGUCGCAGAAGAGGAUCAUCAGAAGGAUUUCGUCGCAGAAGAGGAUCAUCAGAAGGAUUUCGUCGCAGAAGAGGAUCAUCAGAAGGAUUUCGUCGCAGAAGAGGAUCAUCAGAAGGAUUUCGUCGCAGAAGAGGAUCAUCAGGAUUUCGUCGCAAAAGAGGAUCAUCAGGAUUUUGUCGCAGAAGAGGAUCAUCAGAAGGAUUUCGUCGCAGAAGAGGAUCAUCAGAAAGAUUUUGUCGCAGAAGAGGAUCAUCGUGGGACUUUAUUGCAGAAAAGUAUCAUCAAGGGGACUCAAUUGCAGAAGAGGAUCAUAGUCAAUUUUGUUGCGGAAGAGGAUAAUCAUAAGAUUCCAUUGCAGAAGAGAAUUAUCGUAGGACUUUAUUGUAGAAGAGGCUCAUCAAAAGAAUUUCAUCACAGAAGAGGAUCAUCAAAAGGAUUUCAUCACGGAAGAGAAUCAUCAAAAUUUCAUCGCAGAAGAGGAUCAUCAAAAGGAUUUCAUCGCAAAAGAGGAUUAUCGUGGAAGAGAGUCGCGGAGACUUUGUUGCAUGAGGAUCAUUACAGGACUCCGUCGCAAAAGAGGAUUAUCACGGAAAUCUCAUUGCAGAAAAGAAUCAUCACGGAAUUCUGUCACAAAAGAGAUUUAUCGUGGGACUUUGCAAAAGAGGAUUAUUACAGAAAAAAAAAUUAUCCUGUGAUAUACAAGAGUGCGUCAUAGAAGAGGAUAUAUAUAUAUUUGUAUAUGGAACUUUUGUUAAGAAGAAUCGUUAUCAUUUGACUUCAUUAGAGAUAAGUAUUGUUAGAAGAUUACGAUAUAACUAGGUCAUCUCAAUUUUGUUACAAGGUUAUUGCUCACUUAUAUGAUAGAAUAAUAACCGUUUUGUAAAUUGAUCACAAAACUGUUAUUAUUCUAUCAUAUAUAAUAUACUUAUUAUACCUUAUGUUUUCAUUUGUUUUAUAAAGUCAGGAAAAGGUUUUCUAAUGUAUAAGAAAAUACAAAACUACAUGCAUGAGAAUCAGUAUGACUUAUUGAAAAAGGAUUAUCCUGGAUAUAUAGAAGAUCGUAAAAUGUCUGUGCAGAAAAAAAAUUAUGCGAGUUUGUCAAGAAUUAUUGUGUUAUCGUUAUUGAGAAGAAUCGUCAUAGAAUUUCAUCACAAAAAAAAGAUUGUUUUAUUGUAAUAUAGAAUUAUAAUAUUUGAACAUAGAAAUUUAGAAUUUUAAUAUCAUACAAAGUUUUGAAAUCGUGAAUUAUUAACGUUAUUCGCAUCAAUUUUUCAACUUCGUAAUUAUUGAAUAUGCUACUAAAUUAUAAAAUUUUAUUGUAAAUUUAAAUUUGUAUCUAUGAUGUUCAUCAUGCAUGAUUGUUGCAUCUAACUUGUCAUAAUGAACUAGACGUGAUGCGUUUGUCUGAAAUGCGCCUAAUCUAAAAAGAGAAAACUAAUGACCGCUUCUGUAUACAUGUAUCAGAUCACCAUUUGCAAAAACACUUAACGCAUCAACGAAUCAACAAAAGCGCAUUAAAGAAAAAUGUGAACUUAUAUAUGAGCAUAUGUUUAGAGAAAAUUUUGUUAUAUUUUUGUCUUGUUUGUAUUUGAUAAUUUACUCAUAAUCUAACAUUUAUUCUGUAUUUUUCUCGAAAAUCACAAUAUAAAUAAAGUUUAAGCAAAA